CAGAAGCUUCCAUGUUUGCUGAGCUGCAAGCACAACGCACUUUCCGUAGGUAUGAUGAGAAUCACCCAGCAAAGGAAGGAGGGGUGGGGCGAAUUGCAGGGUCAAGCAUCCACAGGGGUACAGCUGACCAAUGAUCGUUACCCCCAAUGCCUACCAGCUUCAAGGCUGAAGCACCAAGAAGCCAGCCUUGUACGUAUAGAAUACGGCCCAUCACAUCUCAUCACAGCGGGCAAGUGACACAGGGCCCACACUGAUAUACCUGGGUACAUCGGGGAGACUUCUUCCCGUUUGAAUGGACAAUAAUUUUUUCUUCCAACCUUCCAUGUCAAGUGCGAGGCGUUUCCUUUGCCAACGGGACCAGGACCAAGGCAGGACAGGAGGGCAAUAUGCCAGGCCCAAGACGCGAGGCCCGGUCUUCGGGCACGAGAAUAACAGCUCAAGUCACAAGAAUCCAGCGAGAGCUCGAAGAGCUCAUUUCGAAGCUGGCCGAUGACGAACGGGCUGCGCUGACUGCCUACGAGCGGGAGACGCCAGCUCUUCAGGGUCAAGUCCGCAGCAACGAGCAGAAGAUGCAGCAACUGCGACGCGAGAACAAAACAGCCCAGGAUACCAUCACACAACUUCGGGGCGCCUGGGAGGCUGCCAGAGAGGAGAGGCGUAGGGUGCAGGGCAUGUUUGGGCGUGCCCGUGAGAAUACUAUCCCACCAGAAAUGCUGCCGCCAUUGACAGCCGCAGGCAUCGCGGACGCCGGACCCGCUACAUCUCAGCAGCGAGACGAGGAGCCGCCCGUCACCCAGUCAGAGACCCGCCGAUCGACGCGAGACCGAAGGGCGCCGCGACGUUUCUCCCUGAGUCCUACGCCCCACAAGCUACGAGUCCCAUCUGCUUCUCCUCUUUGUCGGGGAACCCCAGCCGACAAACCAGCAUCCGCCGCCGGAAAGAGGAAACGAGACGGCGAUGAUAAACCCGGGAGUGGUCAGCAAAAGCAAAAACGCAAGUUCGUCGCCCAAGCUGAGGAAGCUGAGUUGGCCUCUGCCGCCCAGAAACAGCCCAACGGAGUUAAAGGUAAACAAGUCAAGACCAUCAACUUCAACGAAGUUUUCCAGGACGGUAAUGCCGAGUACAAGCACCGGAUCAUAGAGUAUCCCGUGUAUAGCGGGCACUGGUAUAUUCUCCGGUGCGAUGAGCACUAUAUGCAUUUCGGCCAUUCCACCUUGCUCAUCCAGGCCUUCAGGCAUCUGCACAGCAAGUCGCAUGGCUCACAGCCCCAGGGGACGGCAACCGCCGUCCGAGAGCUUGGCAUUUGCGUACAAAAUUGCGAUGCAUCCAAGGCUGCUCAAAACAAUGCUGCCUUUGCCGCCGCACUGAAACGCGGAUAUAAAGUGCUCAAGGGCAAGCCUUCACUGAAGGAAUUUGUUUCUCGCCGCAGACCAGCCGCCGCCCUACGAGUGACACACGAAAGGGGCAGGAGCGGCGAUGAUGAUAACUCAGAAGGCGAGGAGGCAGCCACCCAACGGAUCCGGUCAAGAUCUAGGCCCUUCAACGGGAUCACCAAUCCUGUUGCGGGUGAGCUGUACCUCGGACGCUGGCGAUCGCGGUGGCACGCUGCCAUCAUGCUACCCAUCGGCAACCUCGAGACUGUGGGCAUCAGCGGGUCGAUUUACGAUACGCGUCUCAUCAAGCGUCAUAUCCCCAUGUGUUAUGCCCGGGACAGUGCGCGGACAAUCCUCGGGUACGCUGAGGGUUUCGAAGACGGUGGACCUGAUGCCAAGAACCGGAGGUUUCCCGUCAUGUACUUUGACGAUGAUCAGGACGUCACGUACUCGGACGACGAUCAGCACAUGUCCCUAGAAAGUGGCCUCGUUGUCCCACCUUCGGACUCUCUGGCCUGGAUCCGAGCCAGCCUACUCCGACCAUUCAGCGCAUAUGACCCCAACAACCUGCCCCCCCGUGGCUACGAUGUCGCGCUGGAAUUUGCCCAGAGACGGGGCCCACUGAGUGCUGCGAAGUCGGUGCUCGCAGAUGUCUCUGCCCAUCCUCGAGAUCCAACCACUGACCCAUCAGGCGGAGUCGUCAAUCUCUCACGAGAAGGGCAAAACGUCGAAUAUCGACCCUGCCACCCUUGGCAGAACGGAUAAAGAGGGCACCGCGACAGCAGCUGUUGGAGAGGGCUCACGACCGACAUCCUCGGGACCCAGAAUUGCAUGGGGGAUAGCCAACAGG